AUGGUGGUUAACACAUGUCUUCUCCUUGCCGCUACGCCGUAUGCUUUCGGACUCCCACCAGACGAGUUCUUCCUGUCAGAUGCGCAAGCUGCAACCAGGCUAGCGUCUAUCUCUCAACCAAUCUGGGGGUGGUCUAUGGCCUUGGUCAAGAUAUCCUUCUCCCUGAUGCUUCUUCGGAUCUCUCCCUCGAGAUUCAUGAAGCGCUUCCUCUGGUCCAUGAUCGGUCUGCAGAUCGUACUUGCAGUCUACAACACACUAGCAACACUACUGCAAUGCAUACCGGUCGAGAAAGCCUGGGAUCUACUCGGUACAGUAGAAGGCCAUUGCUGGAGCAGGACGGGAGUCAGGAUAAGCUCGAUAACCGUUUCCGUCGUCCAUAUUCUCACCGACUUCAUACUCGCCCUUCUUCCCGUAUCUUUUCUUCGUGGGAUCCAGCGUCCUGUUCGCGAACGCGUUAUCGUCGGCGCACUCAUGGGACUCGGCUUCUUCACGGGCGUGGCAUCGAUCUUGAAGAUUAUCGCUGCUAUGAACUUUGGCAAGACGGGCGACCCGAUGAACGAAAGCAUCAUUGUCGGCAUGUGGUCCGCUAUCGAGGAGCUCGUGGGUUUCAUCGUUAUAUGCGUACCGACUCUACGCUCGCCGUUCCAACAUGUACUGCGUUACCUCGGCGUCGCCAGUGUUCGUAUCAAAAACAACGCGUUCUCCCGCGGCUACGGGCGUACACAAGAGUCGGAGGUCAACAGGGACAACUUCCGAAAUCACAGCCAGAGUCGUCUUGCUACUGUCGAAGGAGACGAAGAGUCCGGCUUCAAAUUGAAGGAGCUGCACACGGAGGAGUCGAAGAGAUCGUCGGACGAGAUGCAUUGGCGCGCGAAUGAGAGGAAUACAGGCAAUGGCGAGAUAUGGUGCACGCAUGAGGUCGUGGUUCAGCGAACCUCUCUUAGCGGAAGGCCGUCGCUUGAUCAAGUUCAUGAAGGCGCGGAUGCGCCUUGGAAGGGUGAACCGUUGGAAUUUGACUUGGGCAUGGCAAGCAGGCACUUAAGUCGUUGA